UGUGGACAUGAAUCAUUCCUCCGAAUGGUUUCACUUCUUUUCCUCCGCUGGAAAAUAAAACAACAAAAUUUCUCAAAAUACUAAUUAGAAACAGACAUCGACGCAAAACUUUUCCAAGUUUUAUUUUACUUCGUAAAUUUUACAGUAAGCACUCGCUAAUUUAGUUAAUUAGCUAAACUAAGAAAAUUAAAGUUCUCAGAGAAUGACACAUCUGAACAGUGUUUUGUCUGAAACCGAAAGAGCUGAAGAAAGAAACAUUUGAAGCUUGCACGACUCAAAAACCUUGGUCUUCGAUUCCCUUAUUAACAUAUCCCGCUUGAACCUCUGUGUACAAUUCCUCGAACCUUAACGUCUCAGAAAAAUUAACUACAAAACCAUUGAUGGCACUCCCACACUCCAUCUCUGCGUUAUCAACCACACUCACGCUUUCCUCCUCAGUGAGCAAACUCACCACCAAUAAAGUGAAUUCCUUUCCCUUCUUCUCGAACAAGGGUACGCAAUUUUUCACGAAACAAACUCGACCCAGAAGCGGAAGAAGCCCUUUGCUUACCCCUGCACGCGUUGCGGCGCCACCCUCAACGGCUGAAACCGAUCAGUUGUUCCCUGAAACCGAAAAGGAGGAGACUGAGGAAGAGUUUAACGAGGAGAGCUCUUCCUCUAAGUUCACCUGGAGGGAUCACUGGUACCCUGUUUCGUUAAUUGAGGAUCUGAACCCUCUCUUACCCACACCGUUUCAGCUUCUGGGUCGUGAAAUCGUGCUCUGGUACGAUAAGUCCACUUCCCAAUGGGUUGCUUUUGAUGACAAAUGCCCCCAUCGUCUUGCCCCUUUAUCUGAAGGAAGGAUUGAUGAAGAUGGGAAGUUGCAGUGUUCUUACCAUGGCUGGUCUUUUGAUGGUUGUGGAUCUUGUGUUAAGAUUCCUCAGGCUGCAUCUGAAGGUCCAGAAGCACGUGCUCUUCGAUCUCCUAAAGCGUGUGCCACUAGGUUCCCUACUUUAGUGUCUCAGGGAUUGCUCUUUGUUUGGCCUGAUGAAAAUGGUUGGGAGAAAGCAAGUGCCUCCAAGCCUCCAAUGUUGCCUGAUGACUAUGAAAACCCGGAGUUUGCCACUGUGAAUAUUCAGCGUGACCUGUUCUAUGGUUACGAUACUCUAAUGGAGAAUGUCUCUGAUCCUUCUCACAUUGAUUUUGCUCAUCACAAGGUCACAGGAAGGAGGGACAGAGCCAAGCCUCUGCCAUUCAAGAUGGAUGCUCGUGGUUCAUGGGGCUUUUCUGGAGCGAAUGAAGGGAACCCUAAAAUCAGUGCUAAAUUUGUUGCGCCUUGUUAUUAUAUGAACAAGAUUGAGAUUGAUACCAAACUCCCUGUAGUUGGUGAUCAGAAAUGGGUUGUGUGGAUAUGUUCCUUCAAUGUUCCCAUGGCACCUGGUAAGACUCGCUCCAUAGUUUGCAGUGCUCGAAACUUCUUCCAGUUCACAGUGCCAGGGCCUGCCUGGUGGCAAGUAGUUCCUAGAUGGUAUGAGCAUUGGACUUCGAACAAGGUAUAUGAUGGGGACAUGAUAGUUCUUCAAGGGCAAGAGAAAAUCUUCCUUUCACAAACCAAGGAAGGAGGCGACAUUAACAAACAGUACACCAGCAUCACCUUCACACCAACACAGGCAGAUCGCUUUGUCUUGGCAUUUCGAUAUUGGCUGAGGCGACAUGGCAAUGGCCAACCAGAAUGGUUUGCCAACAUCAGCAACCUGCCAUUGCCAUCAACAGUUUUAUCCAAACGUGAGAUGAUGGAUAGAUUUGAACAGCAUACUCUGAAGUGUUCAUCAUGUAAAGGAGCUUAUGAGGGAUUCCAACUAUGGCAGAAAGUCCUAAUUGGUGCAACAGUUAUGUUUUGUGCAACAUCAGGGAUCCCAGCAGAUGUCCAGUUUCGUGUUCUUUUGGCAGGACUUGCAAUUGUCAGCGCUGCCUUAGCUUUUACCCUAAACCAGCUCCAAAAGAAUUUUGAAUUUGUCGAUUACGUUCAUGCAGAAAUCGAAUAAACACUGAUUUCCACGUUAAUUGUAAAUAGAGUUGAAGAAAGAUUACAUGUAUUCAUACUA